UGCAAGAAGAAGAGUAGUGUUAAUAAAUUGUAAAUAUAAAUAAUACYCGAAAUGAUUAUUUAUGGAGUGUAUAUAGUAAGUAAAUCCGGUGGUCUAAUCUAUAAUUUGGAUAGCAAUGUGCCGAGAAUAGAACAAGAACGUUCGUUUACGUAUCCAAUUGAUUUAAUGCUGGAUUAUGAUCCGAAAAAAAUAUCAGUAGUAUUUAAUAGGAAGGAUGGAAUCAAUGUUGGACAUGUUUUAACAGCUGUAAACGGUAUGGCCGUGAACGGCAAUACGCUUGAAGAUGGACGUGACGUGGAAACUAUGCUGGAAAACUCCGAAAAUUAUCCAGUGAAUUUAAAGUUUUGUAGACCUAAAUUGACAACCAAUGAAAAGAUUGUGCAAGCUAGUACCUUUUACCCACUAUACGCAUUUGCAAGUCAACUCAGUCCAGAGCCCAAAAGUUCCGGCAUCGAAGUAUUGGAGGCCGACACAUUUACAUUGCACUGCUUUCAAACAUUAACCGGAGUUAAAUUUAUUAUUAUUUCGGAAACAGGCCUUAGUGGUAUGGAUAUGUUACUCCGCAAAAUAUACGAACUUUAUUCAGACUAUGUUUUGAAAAAUCCAUUUUAUGCUCUUGAAAUGCCCAUUCGAUGYGAAUUGUUUGAAAACAAACUUAAAGUAUUACUCGAGAUGGUAGAAAAAACUGGCAUAAAUAAUCUAGAUAAAUAGGUGCUUCUUUCUAUAAGUAACAAAAGUAUACCGAUAUGAAAAAAUGCAAAUUUUUGUGCGGGGUGCGUGAUUUAUUUUAUUAUUGCAAAGCUUAUCAAAUUAAAAAAUGCUA